GCCCCGCGCGUCGGCGCGGUGACGUCACCGCCGCUGCUAUAAAAGCGCGGCGUGGCCGACCGCACUUCCUUUCUGUGGGAGCCAUGGCGCCGCAAAAGGAUCGAAAAUCCAAAAAGUCAACCUGGAAGUUUUGCCUUGACUUGACCCAUCCUGUGGAAGAUGGAAUCUUUGAUUCCGGGAAUUUUGAACAAUUCCUAAAGGAGAAGGUUAAGGUCAAUGGGAAAACUGGAAACUUGGGCAAUACCGUUCACAUUGAACGUCUGAAGAACAAGAUCACAGUGACAUCUGAGAAGCAGUUUUCUAAAAGGUACCUGAAAUACCUCACCAAGAAGUACCUCAAGAAGAACAACCUGCGGGACUGGCUCCGCGUCGUGGCGUCCGACAAGGAGACGUACGAGCUGCGCUACUUCCAGAUCAGCCAGGAUGAAGAGGGGUCAGAGUCUGAGGAAUAACUGAACCUUGGUUUUAUGCUCAGUGCAGAGUACAAAAGACUAGAACAUCUAUUUAUAAGAACACUUUAACUUAUUGGUGAAUAAAGAUUUUGUACCCUGUUGGACAGAG